AUGUACAAAUGGUCGUCGUUACAUCGUGCUGUCCAUCGACCACUGGUUCUCCAACACCACCAUCUCCUCACAAAACACAAAACCAACCUUUUCUCUUCAACAACCCAAAACCUUCAAACUCUACCUGACCCUACAUCAAGUUCUAAAAUCUUACCGAGUGAAGAACAAAAAGAGCAAGAGCGUGAAAAUGCCACUCCAACCAGUUCUUUCUCCUGCUGGAUUAAUCGAGCUCGAUCUAAGGCGUCGCGAUGGAAAGAGGUCUUGGUCGGAAAUACUCCACGUACUUCCAUUUCCAGUUCAUUCUCCUCAGCAACCGAAAACCUAGAUGAGAGCCAUUCUAUCCCCACCCAACAACCCGCCUCAGGCGUGGAUUCACCAGAAGAACAACUACUCAUAAGGCGCCCUACUGGUCUACAAGAUGCUUAUAAUCGUAUGUCCCACUAUAUGAAUCGUGAUGAAACGACAAGUAUUCAGGAAAGGAAGAUAAUGGGCGCGUUGAAACACUCGGCAAGCACCUUUGAGAUAUUGAAGGAGAGAAUGGAGAAGAUGGAGGCCACGAUUCAAAGUUUACAAGAAAAACUUUACUCGGAAGUAGAGGAGAGAUUGCGACUGGAAAAGAAUAUGAUCCAGUUCAAGCUUGACAGCAGUAUAAGAUUGAGAAGCUCGCUUCCUCGUCACAUGCCAAAAGAGUAUGUUUCAAACCAUUUGGCUUACGAAGCAAAGACAGACAGGACGUUAGUGAGAGAAGGAAUGGAAUUCGAGGUUCGCAGAUCUGCGUCACGGGGGAGAAGUCAACGAUUAUUUGAAAUGAUGCAAUGCAGGGGAGACAACGGGUCGAGACAAGGAAGUAAAGUCGAGGCUCAGUGGUUGGAAGAGACGCAAGCCUCAAAAUGGACGCAAACCCCCCAAAAGACGCAAACCCCAAGAGAGACGCAUAUCCUAAAAUGGACGCAAGCCCCAAAAUGGACGCCAACCCCCCAAAAGACGCAGACCCCAAGAGAGACGAAAACCUCUACAGAGACGCAAGCCCCGAAAGGGGAUUGGGAAUCGAUCCGAACGGCUUUUCAUCAGUCUCUAGCACAACAACAAGAUCCCAGCUCCAUCAAGAUUAAGAGAGUAGUGUCCCCGCUGAGGGAUUCCCGAAGAUUCCUAGGCCGUUUUUCGUGA